CGUCCGGAAGCAAGGCAGUGUGGGAGUGAAAUGAUCGGCAGUCAUGCAUUACUACACAGUGAAUAGGGACCUUUAUAAAACAAUCAGGUAAAUUUGUGACAGAGACUGUUGGCGUUUACGACAAUAACCAGAGCAGUAACAAAGAAGCCCUUUCCUAACCGCUCUCAUGUUGGUGCCUAGACAGGAAGCUCACCAGUAGACGCGCCAGUGUUGAUAAAGAUGUGUGAGGCGUGAGUCACAACGCAGUGCACGCUCUGCUUUUCAGGAUCCCAGUGUGUAGGAGCAACACUGCCAGCCAUGGACCCAGAGAAACUAGACAGCUGCGUGAAGCUCGGGGACGAGGGAGGAGUCAGGCGCCUGGUUCGGCAGGGCACGCCCACGGAAAGCCUGGUGAACAAGCGGUCACCUCUCAUGAGGGCGGCGAUGGGCAACAGACUGGGCAUGGCGCGCGUCCUGCUGGAUAUUGGAGCCUCUGUCGACUUUAUGAACGAAGAAGGCUGGACGGCGCUGCACGUUGCCGCCAAGCACGAUGCUGCGGACGUGGCGGAGGCGUUGCUGGAUGCCGGGGCUGACAUGGAGGCGAGGUCCAACUCAGGCAGAACUCCGUUGGCGAUGGCGUGUAACCAGAGGAAACUCACCGUGGCAAAGAAACUGCUGGAGCGAGGGGCGGACACCUCAACAAGGGACGGCACAGGGUGGGCACUGCUUCACCAGGCUGCCCGCAGCGGGUCCCUGGAGGUGGUGAGGUGGCUGGUGGAGGAGGUGGGUGUUGACCCUAACUAUGCUCCUGGCGGCAAGACGGCGAAAGAGUUGGCGGACAACAAAGAGCAUGCUGAUGUAUCCAAAUACUUAAGUGACAUCGCCGCCAACCUCUCCAGACCAAAGACGACAACACAAGCCAGCCCCAGAGUGGGGUCUGCUGCAAGGACAACAAGGGAUAGCAAGAAAAUACCCGGCAAGGCUAAUAGCAUCUCUGAGCCCUCCCUGGACAGUGACGAACCAGAUCGAGAUCUGAAGGUGAGACUCACCCGCCACCUGGUGCAGCCUGGACCUGACGUGUACGACACUACUACUGACCCGCCCGGCCUCGUCCUGCUCCUCAACUACGUCACUUUUCCUGUGGAGGACAUUAAAGAUAGGCAAGGGGCGGAAUACGACACAAUACACAUCAAAAGUGUGUUUCAACAGAUGGGCUACGAAGUGGAGCCUUACAUGGAUCUGACGUGGGAGGACACCAUAUGGAGAAUUAAGGAGUUCAGCACUUCGGAACAUCUGAAGAAUGUUGGGUGCGCCAUCGUGGUGGUGUCUUCCCACGGUGGCCACGACUCGUCUUCCUUCACGACCUCGGAUGGCCAAGACAUCAGCGUGAGCUACUUGCAUCAAAGCUUCAUCAAGAACCGGAGCAGGGAAGUCCGGGAGAUGGCGAAGAUUUUCAUCUUUCAGUUCUGCCGUGGCGAGGUCUAUCCCGUCCGGGAGACAGAUAAUAGUAUGGAUUUUUCUCCUAAGAAUAUUGUCAGCUUCUACAGCACCUCUGAUGGGUUCGUCGCCUACAGGGAUCCUCAUAGUGGCAGUCCCUUUCUGUCAGUUAUGUGUGAGGUGCUGGCCGAGCGAGCCUUCAAGGAUAAUCUGGAUGAUCUGUUCCGGGAGGUGCAGCGCAGGUACAAGGUGCGAGGGAUGGGCACCACGCCUGAGAAACAAGACCUUGACUUUUGUAAGAAAUUCUACUUCAACCCUCGACUCCGAAAGUGAGUGGCAAGAUUCAACCAACUUUUACUGCUCCUAAGCUGUGAAUAUUUCACAGCUUUGGUAUAGAUACUGAGUCACUCAGUUACUGUUACUAUUGCAUAAAGGAUGUCUAUAACUAAUCCAUUGCUCAAAAGUAAAUGUGAUAAGAAUACAGGGAAAGAAUCAAGACGCAAGAAGAGAAUGGAGUACCCAGCAGCAAGAUGAAAUAAGACCAAGGUUUGAGGUAGAUGCCUAUAGCACAGAUAAACUAUUUGGUUGAGCA